CCUUCGUCCGCCACAUACACUCAUCAAACUAAAGGCAGCCCGAAAAUUUACGGUGACUUGUUCGCGCGACUGGACUCGCAUCGGGACCGUUUGGGGGACGUUUCUGUAUAUUUUUUUUUCACACACAUUAAUUAGAGGAGGUUUCGGUUUAAGCGGCGCGUUCUUGGAGUGUAGACACUAUGUGAACAUGUGAAAACUGGCGUGUGAUUUUACGGUGGCGAAGUCGGGGUGAGGGAGGAUGGUGGUGUCGGAGUGCGGGCUGUGGUGUUCCUCAAGGUUUGUGACGUGAGGAGGGCCCCCAGCAACGCCGCCAUGUUUGGGGCAAAUCCAGAUUCGACGUGCAUCUAAUAUGUUCUUAUUGGCUGCUGGGAUACUGCUACUCAGUACUGGAUUAGCAGGUUCGAUGCCCGGAGGUCCCGGCGUUCCCGAGAACAUAACUGUCACGUUUUUGAACCCGACGUCGGUCAAAGUGUCGUGGGCCACUUCCCACGAGAAUGCCGACAAGUACGACGUCACGUACAAACCGACAGAUGCCAGUUACAGGGUGGUGGCGGUGGUCGCGGGCAACUCGGACGCUGUAACGCUGAGCGGCCUCAAGGCGGACACCCAGUACCAAGUGACCGUUGCCGCCGUCUGGGCAGGCAAGAAGUACCGCAGCAGGCCCAUCGUCUUCCGCACACUGGAGCAUAUGUGUGUUCCAGAGCCACCUCGGUCGUCCCCCCAGCAGGACCCGAUGGCCUCCUUCCCCACGGAGCCCCCGACGCCUCCCCGGGAGCCCGUCCAGGCCCAGACGCCUGCCGACACCUUCGAAUAUCCCCAAACUAGUUCCACUGUUAGAGGCGUAGAAAUAGGUAUAGUUCUCCUGGUGCUGGUGGUGUGGAUAGCGGCGAUAGCGCUGUUCUUCAACCGCUGGGGCAAGAUCCGAAUGCUGUUGCCGUACCAACCGGACUAUAAACAGGAACAGCUCAAAGUUCCGGGGACGGCGGCUUGUGCAGCUGCCGUCGCGUCCGGCAACACCUGCACGCACCAUUCCGGUGACCACAUCUGCCAACAGGAGAACUUCAUCAUCAGAGAGGGGGGCCUUCAAGGUCAGGAUCAUUACCUGGAUAAUCUUAAGAUUCAUGCUCAACCGCCACGCAGCCCCAGGCCGCGCAUGAACUCGGCCAUAUUCGUGUCGAAUAGUGGCCCAGGCUUCGACUCCAAGGAGUUCUUCCGACGGCACGGCUCCGUGUCGAGGCUCUGCAGGAAGGCGCGCAGCGUCGACAACAUCAGUCUUGACGAGCAGCAUUUCGGACUGCCGACGCUCUCGGUCUCGGGACCGUCGCCACCGGAAGAGGAUGAGAGGGACAUCGAAGAGACUGAGCGCUUCUUGAAGGAUUAAGGGGGAUCGUCAAGUUUUUGCCAGGAUGAACAGUGAAAUAUUCAUUUCGAUUGCAUCGAUUCGAAACACUUUCACUGGGAACUUUGCAUGAGUCAACGAAAAUUAAUAACAUAAAAACUGAACAACCAAACUUCCAAGACCAGUAAUUAUUUACCAACUAACGAAUUUAUACGUAGGCUCUAAUUUGUACAAUAUUAAUUAAUUCUACUAGUGUAGAUCAGUUUGAGGAGAUCGUACUCACAGUAAAUUGUCAGUUCAGUUUUUAUACGUAGGAUUUUAUAGGGGAGUCAACAUAAAGCACAAAACGGGGCCAUUUCAUCAAAAAGACAAAAAUCUAAAUCAUCAGCAUCCAUGAAGAAAUAUAUAAAUUGUGGACUUCUUCCGCCACGUCAUCUGUAUAUAGUUUAUUUCCUUAUUUCAAGCAAUAAGCGUCUUGUGAACAAUUUUAAACAAACACUUAAAACGGUGCCAAUGUGUGAAUCGUAUGAUCUGCAAGUAUAUCUUCUCGUGUAUAGACAACUUUGUAUGGUUCGGUUUUUCUAUAUAUUUCGUUUAGAUUCGUAGACCAUAAAAAUAUGUCACUAGUUAGAAGGGAAAUUUUAGUGGCCUGUUAUCCUGGGUUAGUUUUCAUUAAAGUUUGAUGUUUCGGAUGACCUGUGGCAACAUGUCUUUACUGAUCUUGUAGUAACUUGGACGCAUACUUCUUUGGACUCGACUAAAGUAUCAUUAUCAUAUUUUCGACAUAUCAAAAGAGAAAAAUUAAAUAAAAAUUAUAUGAACUGAAAGUAUAUAUAAUAAAGUGAAUUUUUACUUGGGUAUUUUUAAAAGACGACUGUUCUUUAAUUUAAUUAUUUAUGGGAGUUACAAAGUGUUGGGAACACGUUUUUAAUAGACGUUCAAUCAAUACCAGACGUAAAUAUUUAAAGGCUCAAUUCCCAGAGGCCUAUUCAAAACUCUGGCGUAAGGUGGUGUUGCCUGUUUACAUUUUCUGAUCCAUUUAAACGGUUAUCAAUGUCACCCAAAGGUAACUGAAUAACCGGGUGAUACGAUAAAAGAACGGAGAAUUAAAGCAAUUGAUAGACCAUGUAGAGUAUAUGGGACCAACAUGUGAAUUGUGAAAUUGUGAGCUUUAAAACUUAAAAUGUUAACAUAUAAAUAUAAAAUUGUUGUUCAAAGACGUUUGCGUUCACUCGAUAUAUUUAUAGCUUUAAACAAUAUAGAAAUUAAGAAUAUUUGCGGAAAUUAGAUUAUCGUAAGAGGUCCAAUAUUAACACAAUUUUUAGAUCAAUUAAUUUUGUUGCGUAAAUGUUAUUUUGUCCUUAUUUUAUUUUCGUAUAGGGCACUUUAGUUGAACAAACCAAAUUCUUUAUUAUUGUCAAUUAUUGAAAACAAUGGUUAAACACCUGAUCUUGUCUAAAGUGCAUCUAUAUGAUCCGUUGUACAAGAUUUUUUUAUAGUAUAAUAAGAUUUUAAAUUCAUGUAAAAAAUUGCUUAACAGAAUAUUUUAUGGUUUUAAUUUUUCAUGCUAAUAAUUGAGAUUAAAACGAAAAGAAAUGCUGACAAUAUAGCUAUGUUAAUCCCUCCCAUAGUUGAUAGGCACAAUUCGUAUAUUCUGGACCAACUUAGGCCUAUUAUCUAUAUGUUCAACAUAUCAACGUUAUCAAUCACAGAAGAUUCUCAACCAAGAAAGAACCAAAAAAUUAUCCAUAUUGGCAUGAUUAAAAUGGUGAAAUUAAACUUCUUGGAUUAAUUCAUUUUGGUGGUGAGCAUGAUCAUAUAUUGUAUGUAAAAAUAUUCCAUGAUAAUAAUAUAUACUUAUAUAAAUAUACACUAGAUAGUCAAACUUAAGAAGCUUUAAAAACAAUUAUAAUCAAUUCAAUAUUAUUUCUACUAUUUGAAAGCUUUUACAUCAGUCAAUUAUAAUAAAAACAAACUUUUCAUUCUAUUCAAAUCUCACUAUCAAUUUUAUUCCAAGUUCAAAAUUAUCCAAACGGUUUCCGUAACCAAAAAUUGUUUUAUAGCAAUUUCUAUGUUUUAAUUAAAUGUAACUGUGAUUAAAAAUAAGGCCUUCUUACCUUGUAAUUAUUUUUGGUAUUGAUCGACUGUAGUGUCUACUAAAACUUUAUUUAUCCCUAUUUAUUAUAAAAGAUCUUAUACAUACUUGUAUUAUUUUGUAAAUAAAUUGUCACUCAUUUAUUUGUGUAAUGCAAUAAACUCUAAUAUAUGA